AUGCCGACACCUGACGGGAGCUUGAGCAAGUUCCUCGAAGGCGGCUUCGGGCAGGCAGAACUCGUGGGCGCGGCCGGCUGGCAGCCCCCGUGGCGGGCUCCGCUGCAGCGCAAGGCACCUUUCUACCCCGGAGACGAUAUCUACCAUGCCGACACCUGGAGGGAGCUUGAGGUCACGGACGUGGUGGGAGGCGCGGGAUACAACGCCUCCGUUACCCCGCAUGGUACUGUUUGCCUCCGACUCCGUGAUAGGGUGAAGGUGGACAUGACGAUCGACGGCGCGGUGCGCGUCACCAACGCCAAGAACAACAUUAUCCUGGCGCUGUCCCGGUCGGGCGCCGCCGCCGCGCUCAUCCACCCCAACGGCCGCGUCUACCACUACGGCUCCCGCGUCGAGAUCCAAGCUCGCCACCAGCAGGGGAAUAACAAGUACGCAAAGAUGUGGUACAAGGGCGUGUCGUUCACGGCCGAACAGUGCGCACUGGUGUACCUCGUGGACGCGGCGGGCACGCGCACCACCACCGACACCUUCCUCGACAUGAGCCAGGACUUCACGCUCAACGUGUUCUACAACGAGUCGCGCCACGGCCCGUCAUUCGUCAAUGAAGCGCUGUCGCUGCUCCAGGCCGCUCAGUACUGGCUCACCGACGACGGCAUCGAUAACUGGAUCAUCAACAACGUGCGCGUCAGCCAGACUGCUGACGGACUUGUCAGGAUCCAUCGCUGCAGCCACAAGUACCAGCUGCGCACGAGCCCCAGCAACGGGUCGGCGUCCAUCACUAGCCCAUUCCUGCACUGCACCGCCUCGCUUGGCCAGACACAACACCUUUUUGUGCGCCGCGGCGAGAGGCGGAUGCACUUUGACGGCAACUCCUUCAUCGUCCGCAACGCCGGCCACUCGGCCGGCUUCGACGACAAGAACCAACUCAAGGUGUACUAGCAACCCCACGCCAACAGCCGCUGACAACUCGACUGACUGGAAUGUUGUACAGAACUCUUAGCCCGCACACAACACGAUGGUUUCUUCUAUUUUAUUUACUUUAGAUGUACGAAACACGUGGACAAGUCGCUUUCAAAGUUUCCGGUGAAUUAGUCGUUAUUUUUAAUCAGCGCCAGUGUGUAAAGCUUACCCGAGUUUUUGAUUAUUUAUUUCUAAUCGCAUUUUUGGUGGCACUGCCAAGCUCGCCUCAACGAAGACUUGUCGCUCGAGUCAUAGUAAUUAAGAUUACAGUUUCAUGAUUAAGUGUUAGAUCAUCGUCUCAUGAUGUGCGUACUGACUUACUCUAACGGUAUUUUAUUUUUAUAGCUUUUUGUAUACGUUUUCUUUUUCUUUAAUAAUAUAAUAGUCUUGGAUCAACGCUUUUGAGUAUUAGAAAAAGUUAAAAUACUCACACCUUUCAGCCCUUAUCAGGCUACGCCUUUGCCCGUAGCCGUUACCCUACUUUGCAACUCUAAUUACCGCUUAUUGAAAGCAGUGUUUUUCUUCGCCUGUUUUUAUUAUUUUAUACUCGUUGAUUUUGUAUUUUUACGCAUUUUAUACAAACCGUGCGUCGAAGGCUGAAAUACCAUAACGAUUCAAAUUAAAAUUUGCACCUAAUUAAUUAGGUGUCUAACAAGAAUGUUAAAAAAUUGCCAAUCGAUGCAUUGAUUGAUAACAGUUUAACAGCAAAAUGAUCGAAGAUUUCACAUUACAGUAACUUAAUGACACCUCUUUUUAACAUAUUUUGAAAGUAUCAAUUAUUUACUUAUUACCUUACGCAUAGAGGAGUAAAGCUUGGCAGUAUUUCAAAUAAAGAUUUAUUAAUAAGAAUUAGGAAAACUCGACUUGUCCUAUAUGUUUCAAAAUGUAUGAAAACUUCAAGUAUAUAACUUUAUUAUGAAAUAAUAAAGCCUUUUUCUCUUCAUA